AUGUCGAAAGGUAAAAAUGUCGAAAAUAAAAACAUCGACAACGACAAUGGUACAAAUGCCGAAAGGUAGAAAUGUUGAGAAUGAAAGUUUAUGGAAAGGG